AUGGACAACCUCUUUGAACAUGCUAGACAGUGGAGAAUACACCCAGUUGGUAUCAUAGGAGUAGAUCACGAGAUGGUAUCCAUGCAAAUCGCUUAUGAGGAAGCUCCGCUCAUUGGAAAGGGCAGGUGGGCAUGCCCUGAUUUUGUCCUAAAAGAUCAUCAACUGUCCAUCAAAGUCAAGGAACUUGGACUGAACGCUCAACAGGAAAUUGACACAAUAAGACGAGCAGGUAGAAUUCAAGAUAUGAAUCCUCAGAGAACAUAUCAUAAAUUCAUCACAGAGGCAAUGAAUCAAGCUAAAGAAAGAGAACAAAUAAUUAAAGCCCAGAACCAGUUGAAAGAAUCAACCCUCAGCAAAGCCAUUGAUGCCACCUCUAAGGACCAGUCACUGAGCAACAUGGAAAGAUCCAAUAAACUGGGCAAACUUAAGUCAGAACUUAAGAGCCUAAAACAGGAUAGGCAUGAAAAUUCAUGCAGGUUCAUCACAGCAAAGAACCACUUAGAAGAGGAGACAGUAUCGAAAUACUAUUUCCAAGUGAAUAAGGAAUCUAAGCCAAGAGACAUUAUACAUGCUCUUGAAAUUCCCAAUCCACUGAGGAACCAGACUUAG